AUGCGGGGCAUCUUCAACACGUAUCCUCCUUCGAAGCCCCGACCGCCGGUGUGGGACGUCGAGCUCCUCUUGACACACAUGGACACCUGGGGGCCCUCUGACUCGCUCACGCUGCUACAGGCGACCUACCGCACACUCCUUUUCCUGUUGCUAACCUCGGCCGCACGGGUAGGCGAAAUCGCCGACCUCGUGUUCCCACCCCUCUCGCAGCAGCCCCACGCCUGGGAAUUCUCUUACGGUCGAGGCCUCACCAAGACCAGCAGACAUGGCCACCACUCGCCCUCCUUACUGGUUAAAGCAUACCCACAAAAUGCCCUCCGAUGCCCCAUUUCGGCCCUUCGAGCUUACACGGAUCUCACGCUCCCUUAUCGCCUCCAACCCACUUCCUUAUUUCUUACAACCAAAAAGCCGCACAAAUCAGCCUCUAAAGACACACUAGCGCGUUGGGUGAAAAUAGUCCUCAGGGACUCCGGAAUUGACACAUCCAUAUACACUGCCCAUUCGACUCGAGCCGCUUCCACCACCGCGGCACACCUUCGCGGACUUCAACUCCCGGACAUCCUCCAGACGGCCCGAUGGACGAACGCGACCACGUUCUACGAACACUACUUCCGUCCCCCGGAUCCUUCGCCCAUGUCCUCCGCCGUGCUCAGUUCAGGUCGUUAA